CGAAAACCGACAACAUAGCCUAACAAAGCAGACAAAAUAAACCGGCAAAAUGUCAGAUUUUGACAGCAAUCCCUUCGCGGACCCCGACUUUAGCAACCCGUUUCAGGAUCCGUCAGUGACACAAGUAACGCGGACUGCCCCGCCUGGCCUGGAGGAGUAUAACCCUUUUACAGACACAAAGCCGGUCCCGCCAGGCUCCGCCCCUAAAUCCGUCCCACCCACAACCAACACACAGCCGGCCAUCAUGAAACCCACUGAAGAACCUCCAGCUUACACUCAGUCUCAGCAGACACCGGAUCAAUCGCGAGCUCAAGCGGAGUUAUUGAGGAGACAGGAGGAGCUGGAGAGAAAAGCCGCUGAGCUGGACCGCAGGGAGAGAGAGAUGCAGUCGCUCAACGCGUCAGGAGGGAGGAAAAACAACUGGCCGCCUCUUCCAGAGAAGUUUCCAGUGGGUCCUUGUUUCUAUCAUGACAUAUCGGUGGAUAUACCUGUGGAGUACCAGAAAACCGUCAAGAUCAUGUACUAUCUCUGGAUGUUCCACACGGGGACGCUGUUUGCUAAUAUCUUCGGCUGUCUGUCGUGGUUCUGUGUGGAUGCGUCGAGGGGAGUGGAUUUUGGUCUAGCUAUGCUCUGGUUUAUGCUCUUCACACCCUGCUCUUUUGUCUGCUGGUACAGACCUCUGUAUGGAGCGUUCAGGAGUGACAGCUCUUUUAGGUUCUUUGUAUUCUUCUUCGUUUAUAUCUGCCAGUUUGGUGUCCAUGUUCUGCAAGCUAUUGGCAUUACAGGCUGGGGAGCCAGUGGCUGGAUCUCAGCACUGACCGGACUAAACACAAGUAUUCCCGUGGGCAUCAUCAUGAUCCUGAUCGCGGCCCUCUUCACCGCAUCGGCAGUCAUCUCUCUCAUCAUGUUUAAAAAGGUUCAUGCGCUCUACCGAACCACCGGUGCCAGUUUCGAGAAGGCGCAGCAGGAAUUCGCCACUGGCGUCAUGGCCAACAAAACGGUGCAAACCGCCGCCGCUAACGCCGCCUCCUCUGCUGCCCGCGGAGCCUUCAAAGAGCAGAUCUGAUUGGUCCAGAGAAACGUCAAUCCGUCCCUGCUGCUCUGACCCCGCCCCCUUAAUUCCUCCCAAUGUCCUUACAGCCAAUCAUCAGCUCCGACUGGCUGCUCAAGACCACGCCCAUUCUCAUUGACUUAAUGCACUCCUGUGACUGACUGACUGAGACCCCGCCCACAGCCCCUCCCUCUCCCGUCAAUCAUUAGGAGUGUGUGUGUGUGGAAAGCCUGUAUUGUGUGUAAACAGCCUGAAGAGUCACUUUAUGUGUUCACAUCACUGUCCGUUUGUCCCUGUUAAACAACAGGAAGUGAUGUCGUCCAAUGUCCUUUUAUGGGAUCCAAGGAGAAGACGAACGAUUAUGCCCUCACAGGUCUGUCUUACUAGCUUUUAAACACUCGUACAGCCAGAAAUAAAACACUUCAAAUAAGUCCAGGUCACAAUUCAUCUCAAAAUCAAAAGAAAAGAUUCAUUUAUUAAACUAUUUGGCUAUUUAAUUUAUAUUUGGUCUCAUUUGUAUAAUAGAUUAUAGUCAUUUCUUGUUAACGUAUUACAAAAAUAAGCUAAAUCGUGACAAAAAUUGUUACAAUUCAGAUGCUAUUUAAGUCAGAUAUUUAUUAGUGUUUUUGUUGGGGGGGUAUUAUAUGACUUUGACUGUAUUCACUCUCCUUUGCAUAGCUAUAAUAUGAAUUAUUGCAUAAUAAAAUCAGCAUUUUCUUUGGAUUUUAGAAUAUAUCAUGAUUUUUGCAUAACGUAAUUUGGCUUUUAUUUUGAUUAUGAGGUAUGAUAUAAUAUUUUUUUAUACCUUCAUUUCAUUAUUCCUUACUUGUGACUUUUUGCAUACAUUUUUGCUUUUUUGGGGGGGAUUUUUGGUUUGUAAUGUGACUCUGCAUUACAAAAUCUGUUGUUUUUUAGAGGAUUAUGAAGUAUGAUAUGAAUUCCUGGCAUAACAUUUGCACUUUUACUUGAAUUAUCAUUGAAUAUAACAUGACCAUUUGCAUAAAAUUCUGUUUUCUUUAGAUUUUGAGAUCUAAUAUGACCUUUUCUAAGCAAGACUCCCCCAAAAUAUCACAGUAAAUAUUUUGUCCUCUGCAUGAGCCAUCAGAAGUGACCAUAAACGCUCCUCAGAGGGUCUCUCACCUGUAAAUAUAUAAAUAUAUAUAUAUAUAAACCUGUAUGAUGACAUAAAGUAUUGACUGAUUUUAAACCGUGAA